AACCUUUAGCCCCUCCUGGUGGGAGUCUCUGCCCUUGGCUUGGCUUGAGCCAGCCUAGGGUCUCCCAGAGGCAGCCACUGUAUUGUGAGAAGUGGGGAACGGUACAGCUGAGCCAGACCUAUUAUGUCCGCAGCUCAGGGCCUGGCAAUGCCGUUUGGGUGUGUGACUCUGGGCGAUAAGAAGAACUAUAACCAGCCAUCGGAGGUGACUGACAGAUAUGAUUUGGGACAGGUCAUCAAGACUGAAGAGUUUUGUGAGAUCUUCCGGGCCAAGGACAAGACAACAGGCAAGCUGCACACCUGCAAGAAGUUCCAGAAGCGGGAUGGCCGUAAGGUGCGGAAGGCAGCCAAGAACGAGAUAGGCAUCCUCAAGAUGGUGAAGCAUCCCAAUAUCCUGCAACUGGUGGAUGUGUUUGUGACUCGCAAGGAGUACUUCAUUUUCUUGGAGCUGGCCACAGGGAGGGAGGUGUUUGACUGGAUCCUGGACCAGGGCUAUUACUCAGAGCGAGACACAAGCAACGUGGUGCGGCAGGUCCUGGAGGCCGUGGCCUACCUGCAUUCACUCAAGAUUGUACACAGGAACCUCAAGCUGGAGAACCUGGUUUACUAUAACCGACUGAAGAACUCGAAGAUUGUCAUCAGCGACUUCCAUCUGGCCAAGCUGGAGAAUGGCCUCAUCAAGGACCCCUGUGGGACUCCUGAGUACCUGGCCCCUGAGGUGGUAGGUCGGCAGCGGUACGGACGGCCUGUGGAUUGCUGGGCCAUCGGAGUCAUCAUGUACAUCCUGCUUUCAGGGAACCCGCCCUUCUACGAGGAGGUGGAGGAAGAUGACUAUGAGAACCAUGAUAAAAAUCUCUUCCGCAAGAUCCUGGCUGGCGACUAUGAGUUUGACUCUCCAUACUGGGAUGACAUUUCGCAGGCAGCCAAAGACCUGGUCACCCGGCUGAUGGAGGUGGAGCAAGACCAACGGAUUACUGCGGAGGAGGCCAUCUCCCAUGAAUGGAUUUCUGGCAAUGCUGCUUCCGACAAGAACAUUAAAGAUGGUGUCUGUGCCCAGAUUGAAAAGAAUUUUGCCAGGGCCAAGUGGAAGAAGGCUGUCCGAGUGACCACCCUCAUGAAACGGCUCCGGGCGCCGGAACAGUCCAGCACUGCAGCCCAGUCUGCCCCAGCCACAGAUACUGCCACCCCUGGGGCUGUAGGCGGGACCACAGGUGCGGCUGCGAGUGGGGCCGCCCUAGCCCCAACAGCGGAGGGCAAUGCUGCCCUUGUGACAAAGAGUGAGAAUGUGGCCUCCGCAGACCGUAGUGCCACCCCAGCCACGGAUGGCAGUGCUACCCCAGCCACUGAUGGGAGUGUUACCCCAGCCACAGAUGGGAGCAUUACCCCAGCCACUGAUGGAAGUGUCACCCCAGCCACCGACAGGAGUGCCACUCCAGCCACAGAAGAGGGCUCCAUGCCCACCACCCAAAGCAGUGCCACACCAGCCCCCAAAUCAGCUGCUACCCCUGAGCCGGCUCUGGCCCAGCCGGACAGCACAGCCCCAGUGGGUGCAAGAGGCCAGGCUCUACCCUCUAGUAAAGGGGAAGAGGCUGCUGGUCGUGCCCAGGAGUCUCAAAGGGAGACCAGCUGAGUAGGCAGGCUGGUGGCUGGUGGACAGGGGAUGGCAGGAGGGUGGAAGAGUGGAUGGGGGGUUCUCACUGUACAUAGUCACAGCAUGAUGCCCUCCUUCCCUGCCCCUCUGCCUCCCAGCACGGGGCAUACCUGGUGGCCACGGGAAAGCAGUCUCGUCUCCCGUGUGUAUGUGUGUGAGUGGUGGGCAGGCCAGAGGCAGGGCCGGCCCAGCCCCUGCAUGGAUUCCCUAUGGCUUUUCAGUCUUUUGCUAGCUUCACCAGUUUCUGUUCCUUGUGGGAUGCUGCUCUAAGGAUACUCAGGGGCUCCCUGCUCCCCUUUCCCAUCCCUUCUUGCCUCAU